UCUUCUAAACAUGGCGGCAGUUUUGUUUCUGUCUUGAUAAAGAUGGUUGAAUUGAACAGAGAUUUUAGCUUCAAGGAGCAAGUAUUUCCUUUAAUAAUUCAAAACAGAUCUCACUACCGUGGAAAUGAAGACAACAGCGUUUCGGAGGCUGAUUAUGACACCUUGAAAGAACAAAUCCAAGCUCAUGUGGUUGGGCAGGAAAAAGAUGGCACUGUAUUAGUAGCAUGGGAUGAUAAAAGCCCUAAUGGUACGCAUAAAGUUUCAUAUGUUGCAGAGUAUGAGGCAUCAAAACAGAAAUUAAAGGUACUGUUUAUUCAUGACAAAAAGGUCAAAAUAAUCGGAGCAUCAGUUAAUCAAGAAAAAACUUUGUUGGCUUUCACUACUACUGAACCAUUUUAUGGCUCACUUGAAGAUCCACCCGGAACAGAACACCCAGGAAUAUACAAAUCAUUUCUCRCAGAAAUUCGACCUCAAAACAGAAUAUUUUCAUUGUGUGUUGAAAGACAUACAUUCCAACGAGUACAGUUUCUCUAUGGCAUCUAUUUGGGCUAUGGAAAUACAUCUAAAAAGGAAUCACAUAUGCUCUUUUUCCAUCACAAAAAAGCAAUCGGGCUCUAUCAUAUCCCUAUGGCCAGAAUAGGGGACAAAGGAAUGAUUAUGAGUAGUCAACCAAGAACUGAACAAGUUGGUGGCCCAUUCUAUUGGGCACAAUGGGAUACUCUCAAUCAAAGACUGUACUUCCUACACAAGAAAUUUAAGGAAGAUGAUGAGGAAGAAAAAGGCUCUUUUGAAUGGACGUUUUCAGCAUAUCAAUUCAGUGAAAAGGUGCUUCAAUUUUGUGUGCUAAACAUGCAACUGCCGUUCAACAUUGACACCAAUCAUGUUAUCUCAAGCUCUGCACAGUAUUUCAAUUUACCCCUGAUGCAGACCAUAUCAGAGAAACAGUUCAACAUGCAAGUGGUGACAACAGCUGGAGGUUCCCUUUACAUUUGUUUACAGCAUAAAAUUGAGGAUGAAGAAGAAGAAGAAGGCUUUCAUAGUGAGCAAUUACCUCUUCAGAAACGACUGAGUAGUGAAACACCACCAACAGAACAAUCCUUCAUGGCAUCUCUGGAAUACUCUGUGUACUUCCUUCAUCAUGAUUGUAUCUUGCACUGCGUCCUGCAUUGUGUUCCAAAACACCUGGUGAAAAAGAGUGUUUUAUUUUUCUCUAGUUUACAUAAUUAUUUGUUGGUGUUGUUGCCUGGAUACGCCUUGCAUCUGCUGAAUGGUAAUGCAGAACAUGAACCAUGCCAUCACAUCAUACUACAAGGUGAUGAGAUUCCCAAGUUUUCAGUUCAAGGGCCAGAGGAUCAACCUCCACUCCUACUCUACUUACACAAGCAGCAAAACACGUUUGUAGUUUCUGAGCCAGAUAUCCUGGAUAGCAGAAGUGGUGAUGGGUUUGAACUUAACUUUUGCAAAGAUCGUCUAGUAGAAAUAUUUUCAAAAACUCAUUUACCAACCACAAGGUUGUCGUUACUUCAUCUUGUGUUGGUUCAUAUAAAAGAUGCUGCGCUUCUAAAGAAGAUGAUUGAACAUCUUUGUUACGAUCCUUCGAGUCCAGAAUGUACGGAUCUACUCAAGGAAUAUCUUAUGGGUUCUACUUAUGCUCUGAUGAAAAAGGUUUUAGACAGAGAUGUACACAGACUUGUGCCUUUCACAUGUGUGGAUACAUUCAGAGGACAUCUAGAGGAGAGUUUGGACAAAAGACGUAUAGCUCGAAUCGACUGCACCUUGUGCCGAGAUACUUGUGUAGAAUUCAAGAACGACAAGAAAAAACCUUUGGAUGGUUUCUGGUCAGCAGUCAAGGAAAAUAAGGAAUACGCCAAACAGCAGAACUUGAGAUUUUCACUAAAAAGCUUAGGGAUGUGUUGUGAUGAAGAGAGUGAUGAAGAAACUGAGACAAGUCAACAACAGCAGCUUUCUCAACCGCAAGCAAGCAGCGUCAAGACAUUGUUGAGAAGAUUCUCCUCCAAGAAGUAUCCAAGUAUGGAAUCAGUAACAUCCCAGACAAGCACAAAAAGUGGUGAUUUCCUUGAAUACUGUGAAGAUGAUAGAAGCAUCUCUGAAAUAAAGAAACAGAACAUGGUUAUCGACAGGUUGGCGGCUCAUUUUCAAGCUCAUUUACCUCGUGAAACUAGAACCAAGACACAUAAUAUUGCAGUAGAGUACGUGAAGAACCAAGCAGCUCAGUCUGAUGCCCUCCUACGUCUGUUCAGAUCUGGACUUGGCUUUAGUUCUGAUACUAAUCCCACUAUAACAUUACUUUUUGUUCGUGGUACAAUACGUGAGAUAGCACUUUUCCAAAUGGUCGAGAGAUACUACACUAGCGUGACAGACAUCAAGUUCCCCUUCCCUCCAGGCUUUCAAACGUUCUUUACUACUUUGGCCUGUCGAUGUCUUAAUCAGAGAAUGUUUAUGCAAUAUGUGGACAACAAUGUUCUACAACUAACAGACCAGUUCAUAUCUCGACUUGUUGAUGAUUGGGAUGGAGAAAGUGGGGACUCUGAUUUCGUUUUUCAGAUUCUAUCACGUUUAAAACAUGAAAAAGUGAAACAAGCAAUACAGCGAUGGGAUCAUCCAUUAAGCACCCGGUACCUGUCGCAACAGAUAGCUGAUGAACUUCUCUCCACGGACUUACUUGAAUGUUUAGGCGACAAGGAGUCUUUAGACUGUGGAUUUUCUCCAGGCAAGGAGGGAGGAUUGCAUGGCUCAUUCAAAGAAUCAGAAUCCUUUUCUGACGAAGAACCCUGCUUUCGUCCCUUGUCAACCUUAAUGUCAACUCUUCGAGAAAAAGCUGCGCAUCUCCCGAAUGAAAGCCAGUUUAUUGAUGGUGGUCCGUACAACUUAAAACACAUCGAGGACGUAGCUUUACUCCAGACAAGCAGGGAAGUAGACGGUAGCUUAGCAACAGUACCCUUUUAGAAUGUGCGCGUUAAAAUUAAGAUUUUCUAAAGGAUACAUACUCUAAUCUACGUGUGAUGUUGAGAGAACACCGAGAGAAGCGUAGGAAACUAUGAAGCAAAGUGAGCUAAAACAGAAGACUAUUGCUUAUCGCUUUUUUAAACACCUAACGAACAAACUAACUAACUGUUCUAUUUUUCGAAUGAAAGAAAGAGAAAUGACGUAAGCAUUUUAGAAACUCUCCUCUAAAGUGGCAUUUCGACCAAUCAGAACGCACGUUAGAACUCAGAACUUUUCUCAAGCACAAUCGUGAUACUUUUUAUACUUUUCAUGUGAACAAUAUGCCAACGUCUUUCUCGGUUGUCAUAAACAACGGUUAAUUGAAAGUUUUCUCCAAAGACGUCAUACCGUAAGGUUGCCUUGGAAACGAAAUUGUUAAAUCAAAUUUUGGAAAAUGUUCUCAAUGAGCUUUUCUCUUGUUAUUUUAAAGAUCUCCAAAAUUUUUAGGACAGAAAGCCAUUACCAUAGCUAGAAAAAGCAUGUUUGAUUUAGUAAAGUAGUGAAGUUUGUUUUCAAAGAUCGAAAUUUUGUAUGAAAACAUUCGUUGGUAGGCAAGAGAUGCCUAAAUACCAGCAAAAGUUUUCUUUCGACAUACACCCUUUUCAAAAAUCAUAUCUUCGUGAGUUUUGAACUUAUUCUCUUCAAAAUUCGCCGUUUCUCUAAUCUUAACAUGCUCUUUCGAACUACGGUAAUUAUUUCUCAGUUUUGCUAUUUAAAAGUACCUGUUUAAAGCUCAUUAUAUUUUAAGAUAUUUUUGAAAGAAUAAUACAAGAUUAGAAAAACUAAUCUUUAAAAAAUAUUAAACGUAAAAUAGCAUAAUUAUCGUAACAUAUGCAAUCUUUUUUUUUUCAAUCUAAAAUUUAAACUUUGUAUAAAGCUAAAUAAAAUAUAUUUUUGAAUACAAAAUUUCG